AUGGGCAAAAGAGAGAGGGGGAGAAGAAGAGAAGUAGCAAUUGAGAGAAACCCUACAAAAGCUUCUAGGGUUACCGCGAAAUUGACUGGACGCGACGAAGACGAGUCAUCUAUGGCGGACGUUGAAAACCAACAGGAGUCCUCGUUUCCAGUGAAGCGGAAAUCGGAUCUCUAUAGCCAAGACCAGGAUAAUGCGGCAAACAAGGCUCCGAAGCUUAAUCCCCCGUCGAAUUCUGCUGAUACUGAGUCCAAAGACGGAGAAACUAAUGGAAGCGGCGUCGAGAAUCUGAAUUCUUCCGCCGAGGAAAAGAUUGUGACAGAGUCGUCGAUUUCGCCGGAGAAGGCAGAUGGUUCUGUGUCGGAAAAGGAUGAAAAUGGCGUGGCUGACGAUCUGGGAGCUGAAGAGGAAGAGGAAGAAGAGGAGGAGGAGGAGGAGGAAGAUUAUUCGCCUGGAGUCUACAUCUCCAAUGACCGUGGCGGCAACAACAACGAGGAUGAUGAUAACAGCGACGACAGUGAGGCUUAA